AUGCUCCAAGAACCUGUUAACGGAAAAUGUGUCCAACAUUCAUUGGCACAGGUGGCUGCCUCCAGCAGCAGUCCCUUAAUGCGGCUGUUUACAGACACAUACAGGGCGCUUCUUUGCAAAGAAUUGAAGAGAGAUAUUAAUCCGAUUUUGACGGAAUUCCCCAGCAAAAAUGAUUUCUUGCCCCCAAAAAAUCCAAUUGUGUUAUGCCAUGGCCUAUCGGGAUUUGACAAAUUGAUCCUAAUACCUUCUGUGUUUCAAUUGACUCGAAUAGUGAGUAAUUUCAUAGUGGGAAAUAGAGAUGAAUAUUUCAUCGAGGAAGAUACAGAUGCAGACGCCACUAAAAGCAUAUUUGAGGUUGAGUACUGGAUGGGGGUAAAAGAGAAACUUGAAGAAAAAGGCUGCACAGUGAUCACUUCCAAGGUGCCAAGCUUUGGAAGCAUUGAAGAACGAGCAGUGAUUCUGAAUGCAUUUUUAGAGAAGGAGACGAAGAGACUCAAAGAGACACUUAACAAAGGACAAGUUUACAAUACUGAAGAAGUUGACUCCAACGCAUCUUUCAAAGCGGAAGAACGCAUAAAGCUCAAUUUGAUUGCACAUUCAAUGGGAGGCCUGGAUUGCCGUUAUCUCAUCUCGAGGAUUCCUAACAAAAGCUAUAAAGUCGUGAGUCUGACUACGGUGUCCACCCCACAUCGAGGCUCAGAGAUGGCUGAUUACGUUGUGGCGCUCUUUGAAGACUUGAAAGAAGGAGCACCAUUCGACACAAGGAAGCAAGUUCUACCGCCUAGUUUUUACGAGCUUACUACUCAAUACAUGAGCUAUUUCAAUAAGAUAACGCCAGAUGACCCUGAUGUCUCGUACUUUUCUUACGGGGCCUAUUUCGAGCCCAAGUGGUACAACGCCUUCGUUAUGCCUUGGAAAAUAAUAUACACUGCUACAAAUGGCCAACCGAAUGAUGGUAUGGUCACAGUUCGAAGCAGUAAGUGGGGUGAGUAUCAAGGUACUUUGGCGGACACGGACCACUUGGAUCUGAUCAACUGGAAAAACAAGAUACAAAAAGAUAUCGGAAAGCUUUUUGAUAAUACUAGCCAUUCCGCUGAAAAGGCCGUUAAGCCGGAGAUUGAUAUACUCAACUUUUACCUACGGAUUGCUGACGACUUGGCAAGAAAGGGCUUUUAA